ACUGCUUCCUUCUCGCGGUCGCGGUCACAGUCACGCGCCGCCCCUGCUGCCCUGCCGGAGCCGCGUCGCCCGCCCGAACCUUGGAACAGUUGCGUUUGUUGACAGUGCGAGCGCGUGGCUGGAACCCUGUGACAGUCGGGAGCCGCGUGCACCUGGGCGAGGGGAAGAGCGAGCGAGAACAGCUCGUCAGUGUGGCUCGCAGCUCAGCAUUUAUCUGCUGCAGCGAGGUACACACACACACACAAGAAAAGUUGCUACCUGCUGCGAAUACGUGAUACAGGAGGAAGCAGCGAGAUUCUUGCUGGAUGCUUGAAGGGUCAAGAAUAAAGAAUGGUAGAUACACAAUUACCUCUCUGGCCCAUCAGCUUUGCUAUGGGUACAAUGGACCUGUCGGACCUUGGCAACCAUUCUCAUUCCUUUGAUGUAAAGCCAUUUGCUGCAGUAGACUUUUCCAGUGCUUCUCCCAUUCAUUAUGAGGAUCACGCAGCAACCUCUUUAAGAAUUGAUGAGUCUUCUUCAGACUAUAAAUAUGAUGACAGAUUUCUGGACUAUCAAAGCACGAUUAAAGUUGAACCAUCUUCCGUAAAUGAAGUAUCAGGGAAAAGGCCAGCACUUUCAAAGCUGCAAGAAGAUUCAUCAAAUUCAGCCCUGUCUAUUGAGUGCAGAGUAUGCGGAGACAAGGCUUCAGGUUUUCAUUAUGGGGUCCAUGCUUGUGAAGGAUGCAAGGGAUUUUUCCGGAGAACAAUAAGGCUGAAGUUGAUAUACGAUAAGUGUGACCUAAACUGUAGAAUCCAGAAAAAGAACAGAAAUAAAUGUCAGUACUGCAGGUUCCAGAAGUGUCUCACGGUUGGCAUGUCACAUAACGCAAUUAGAUUUGGGAGAAUGCCACAGGCUGAAAAGGAGAAACUUCUGGCUGAAAUUUCCAGUGAUACAGAUCAACUGAACUCUGUGUCUGCUGAUCUCCGUGCUCUCGCCAAACAUAUGUUCGAAUCAUACAUUAAGUCUUUUCCCAUUACUAAAGCUAGAUCUCGUGCAAUCAUGGCAGGAAAAACAGGGGACAAAUCGCCUUUUGUUAUUUAUGACAUGAAUUCAUUAAAGGCUGGAGAGGAACGCAUCACAUUUAAACAAACACCCCUGCAGGAGCAGAACACAGAGGUAGAGAUACGAAUUUUUCAACGUUGUCAAUUUCGUUCAGUGGAAGCUGUGAGGGAAAUCACUGAAUUUGCUAAAUCUAUCCCAGGAUUCGUAAAUCUGGACUUAAAUGACCAAGUGACUCUUCUUAAAUAUGGUGUUCAUGAGGUCAUAUUCAGCAUGCUGGCUUCUCUGAUGAAUAAAGAUGGCCUGCUGAUUGCUGCUGGUCAGGGUUUCAUGACAAGGGAGUUUUUGAAGAGCCUAAGGAAACCCUUCUGCGACAUCAUGGAGCCCAAAUUUGAAUUUGCAGUGAAGUUCAAUGGUUUGGGGCUUGACGACUCUGAUAUUGCAAUAUUUAUUGCUGUUGUCAUACUCAGUGGAGAUCGGCCUGGAUUGCUAAAUGUUAAACCAAUAGAAGAAUUGCAAGACAGCAUCUUACAGGCACUUGCCCUUCAACUUAAGAUGAACCACCCAGAUUCACCUCAGUUAUUUGCAAAAUUGCUUCAGAAAAUGACUGAUUUACGACAGAUUGUUACUGAGCAUGUGCAGCUUCUGCACACAAUCAGGAAAACAGAAGCAGAAAUGAGUCUUCAUCCACUCCUGCAAGAAAUAUACAAAGACUUGUAUUAGAUAUCCUAACCCUGAACUACAGACAAAGCAGUUUCUCCUUCACAACGGCACUGUUUUAUUAUCUAGUCUUAACAAAUGAACAUCAUGAACGAUGGCUUCAUCAAACAUCCAAGCAAUAAUUUGUGGAAUUACACCCAGCUCCAUUAUGCAAAUGGAAAGAAAAUCGGAGGAUGUUUUCCAUAACAAGAAUAAUUUUCUUUUGGAAUGCUCCUGAAUAAUCCCUUGACUGUCCUAAAAAUUGUUUAUGAAAGUUUUUCAGAAUUUGUCUAUCGAAUAGUGAGGAAUAAAGAAUUAAAGCCUAGAGUAUUCACAUUUUAACAUUUUUCCAACAAUCUUAACCUUUUUGUGUGUACUCUGUGUUGCCCUUUAGGAACACACCUGUCCUGUUUCAUCAUUACUUCCAUAAUUAUAAUUGAAGCUUCAAUUGACAGUUUGGUGCUGUCAAUAAUUAUUACUUGAGGUGCCUGGUCACUUACCAAGUAUCAUAAAAAAAGAUUUCUGCUUUUCUUAAAAUAAAAAUCCAGAUCUAUACUUAAGUUGCCAUAUGUAUACAACUGGGUUUAAUACAGAACAUUGAAAUUCAUAACAUUCGAAUGGUUAGUUUUUGUAACUUUUUAUAAAUAAUAGCUUGUAUAGUGGUUAGCAUAACGCUAUUACAGCACCAGCAAUCGUGGUUCAAUUCCCGCUGCUAUGUGCAAGGAGUUUGUACGUUCUCCCCGCAACUGCGUGGUUUUCCUCUGGGUGCUCCGGUUUUGUCCCACAUUCCAAAGGUGUACAGGUUAGUAGGUCAACAUGGGUGUAGUUGGGCAGCACAGGCUCGUUGGGCCGGAAGGGCCUGUUACCGCGCUGUAUGUUUUAAAGUUUUAACUCCAAAUUUCACUUUUCGUCAUCCAGUACUAAAUCUUUUGAAUAAUUUGAAAGGUGUGUUGAAAAUUCUUGCUGCCAAAUAAUUUUCCAAGGGAAUAGAAAUACACCAUUGAGAAAGGAGGGUGUUUUAAGUAAAUACAUAUUAAAGUUCUUUUCAUUGUUUUAAAUGCAAAGAGUUUUUUAACUGAACAAUGUGACAAAGUAAUAGCACAUGGUGUUGUAUAAUCUACAGAGCUCAACAUGGUAACACUGGAUCCUUUAUGAAGCCCACAGAAGAAAAAUGCAACAUCAGCUUAAAGUGAACUAUCUUUAUUAAAAUAAUUCUGAGUAUAAAUUGAAUUUAUGAAUACUACAAUGUAAGGGUAUAGAAGCUUUCCCAAAGAUAUGUACAUUGAUCUGCAACUAUUUAUAUGCAAUAGAUUGAAUCAAAAGUUACACAAUAAGGCCAAUUAAUUAGUUAAAAGUAUCAAUAUAGUAUUAAGCAUUGCUAAAGCUUCUUUGUGCAUUUUAAGUGUAUUGUUGUUAGAAAUUUGGUUUAAAAGGAAAUUCUUAGGACGAAGGUUUAUUCAUUUCUUUCCAACUUGCCCCACCUCCCUGGUAUUCCUGAAGUGACCUUCAGAUUUUAGGUUUGUGAACUCUUGUGAUUGUUUUUUUUUUCAUGCUUGUUUAACUAAAUGCUUAUGCUACAUCUUUGCACUUCUGGCAACAUGAGUGUUAAAUCAGUUUAACAGCAGGUAUUAUGGUUAAGAAUGCCUCUUGAUAAAUAAUUGAAGUGAUGGAGAUUGUCUCUGCAAUGUGAUUGGUCUACAAGAAGAAAUGCAUAUCAGUUGGAUGGCUUUAAAGAUUUUUUCAAAGAGGGAUUCUCACCUUCAUUCACAUUCAUUUUUCUUUCAUGUUUCUUAUGACAAAGGAGAUUGCCAUUUGGUCCUUGGAGUCUAUGCCAGUCCUCAGAGCACACUCAUGAGUCCCCUUCCCCAUCCAAUUUUGUGCAACCUAUCCUGUCUUGUAUGUCCAUCAAUGUCUUCCCCCACACCCAGUUCUCCCUCCACCCACCCAUAUCGGGGUAAUCUACACUUGGUUACCUAGUUAACUUAUGAGCACAUUUGGGAUGUGGGAGGAAACUGGAGCACCUGGAGGGAAACCCACACCAUUGUAGGGAGAACACACUAACUCCGUACAGACAACACCUGAGGCAAGGAUCAAACCCAGGUCUCCAGAACUAUAAGGCAGCAGCACUAGCUAGAUAACUGCUGUGUCACCUAAUUGCCCCCAUUUCCUUAAAAAAAACCUACAAAAUGUCAUUAUUGACUUUGACCUCCUGUGACAUGGAUCUUGCAUGACUUUGAGCAUAAGAGUUCAGGUACUUCUGUUAUUUUCAGACAAAUAAGGAGUGGGCAGCAGGAAACAGUUGGAUCAAGUGUAAUUCACCCCCUAUUAUAUAUGCAAACUUACCUUUAUAUCUCUAUUGCAAAUUCUUAUGUUUACAUUUACAAUGGAAGCUGUUUGUGUCUACUUGUAUGCUAUAAUUACAUACCUGCAUAUCGGAGAAACUCUAAUUACAGCAUGUCAACCUGGAAAAGUCAAUUGUGAAGCCUCUGGCUUUUAUACACCACAAGAUUAGAUUGAAGUGUAAAAUCUGUCGCUGAACUUGACUGGCACUCCCAAAUGGAAUUGCUUAUUUCCUUGUGAUGGCAUGUCCAUACACGAAGGCCAUUGGAUAAUUAGCAGUGACAUUAAUUGCCAUGCCAUGAAUAUUUAAUACCAGUGAAACGCUGAAGUACUCGUACACAACUGGGAACAACAUGGGUCCUAACCUGAAAAUUAGUCCUUCACAAUGGGAAAAACUUAAAAACUCUUGCCCUUGAUUUUGGGAAGUCAGCUACGGAGGAUGGUUGGUGGAUUCUUCUCCUGUACUCUGGUGAAACAUUUUUCUAUUAGUUAUGUUUGGGGGUGGGGGAGAUUAGCCUCUUCUGUUCUCACCCUGGGUGUUGACCUUCCCCAUUAUGAUGUCAGAGAAUCCAUCCUGUAACUCCUAACACAAGGUCAGCCAAUUCCAUCUCACUACUUGUAGUGGCAGUUCCCAAUGCCUGACUUCACAGAUUGUAUGUGUAUGUAAGCAAAUCACUGCUCUGUGGCCCCAGAAAGGCAUGGUGCCAAUCUUCUGUAUACCACUCAUAAAGCACACACAAAGCAAUCUCUAAUCCAGUUAGUUUACAUCAGGAGUUUGUAAUAAUAAAUGUGGGCAAAAAUUCAUGUAAGAAAAAUGAUGGCAGGAUAUCAGUUCUAAGAUAUUUAAUAUAUGCACAUGCAAAUAAUAUAGAAUUCAUUUGUCAUAUGUGUAUAUUCUUGCCUAAACAAUAAUUAAUGAGGGCUAAUGAAACUUUUUUCAAUCAGAAUGACAGAGAAGAAUUAAUAUGAACAGAAGAAUCUGAAUCUGACUAACUAUUCAGCUUUGAUUGACUGUCUCUUACUUCAGCCUUAGAUCAAUAUUCAAUCAGUUUAAAUAAAUGUUAUUACAUUUUACCUGAUUUAUUGAGACAUUCUUUAUCUUAAGUCAAUGCUUUAAGGGUAUAAAUUUCCCUAUCUAAUGACAUAUAUUAAACCAUAGAUUCCCAAUUAAUAGAACACCAUAUCCUAAUCAAAACCACCAUAUUUGUCAUUGGUGGAAUUGUGCUGGAUGUAAUAUAGCUCUGUAUUCACAUAUAACAGUAAUGUCAAAAUGAAUUUCAUUCUUUAUGAAGCUCUUCGUAAUGUUUCUAAAAAUUUCCAAUAAAAUGUAACUUUUUCUUUCAUGAAAGAUUUCAUAUAUGCAGACCUGUCCAGCAAAGGGUUAAGAACAUUACAUUGAUUUCUGCUAAAACUGGGAUAUGUUUAGGGGAUAUUGUGUAGCGUCUCUAUUUGGAAACGUGUGGGCCAACAGAAAUGAUUGUUCAAAUCAUCUGGUAGUAAUGUUUGCCAAAUUAUUUAUGAUAUAUUGCACCACCAGUAAAGAGAAGCCCAUUGUGAAUAUCAGAAUGUCUCCACUAGCUGGGGAGGGAAGGAGGAGCCAUAGUAUUACUGGUUCCCUUGUAUUAUGUGGAAACUUGGCAAAAUGACAUUGGACUUCAUCCUGCUGUUGGUGUUGAUGAUUAACUAGUUCUGUUGAAUCAGCAUAUCCAGAGUCAGGUUUAGAUCCCUGCUGAUUAUAUUGUGCCAAAUUCUCCUCAUAUUUUCUGCCAAACUAUAAACAAAUAGCUUGUUUUCAUUUUUCCAUUGUGAAUAGUACUAUGAUUUGCUUUCAGAAAUUUUUCCAUCAAAUCAUACAAUAUAAUGAGAGCACUUGCAGCUUUAAGACUUUAUAAAGCAACAGUAACUUUAAUGUUUUUUUCAAGAUAAAUUGUCUCCACUGAAAGUUCUGAAAGGUAAAACCAAGCCUGCUUUGCAUGUGUAUAUUUUUUUUCAACAAAAUAAAAAUACGGAACUAAAUCAGUUUACUUGGCAUGAGGUGAUGAGGUCCAAGAGGUGAGAAUGAAAACAUCAUUACGUAGAAUUCAUACCUUUGGACAUCCACACUAGUACUAUUUUAUGGUGUACAAUUUUUGUACAGCAAUUCAGUUGAUAUGCAAUGAAUAUUAUUAAAGUGAAUAACUUUAAAGGCAUUCUUGUGGGGUCAAAUCUGAUAUUUUGCAAAACAAAGGAAAGAAUAGAUUAAUAAUAGGUUACUUAUUGUGGAACCUUUUUAAAUAAUAAAAUAAGCCAAUUCAUUUUGAUAUGUUCAAUUUACCUACUUAAAGCAUUACAUAAACUUUGUCCACGUAUAACCUGAGCCUUGUUUUACAAUGACAGAUGGUCAAUAAAGAGUUACAUGUUCUGUUCAUUUUAUUUCUCUUGAAAAUAAUUAAAAAUUUAAAUAAGUGCUUUUGAAAUUGCACCUGGGUAAUGAUAUGCAAAUUAUUUGUAGAUUUUAUAUAAGUAUAGAGAUGUUUUAACAUGUAUGAAUUGCAGUAAAUAACAUUCAGGGAUUUUCAGAUUUUUUUUAAAUUGUCCAGCUUUGCUUCUAUCAUGUACAUAAGUAUUAUUUGUUAUCAUGUUAAAAUAUACUGAAACAAUGUUGAAAUGAGUAGUUAGGUGCUGUAUCAAGCACAUUAUUUUUACCCAAGAAACAAUAAUGAAAUAUUGUUUAAAAAAAAACAGAUGCAAUACUAAUUUGUAACCACGAGAGGUUGCUAUUACAACUGUGACAGACUGAAUUACAAAAAUACUCAGUUGCAACUGAACAUACUGCUUAAUGGGAUGCACUUACAGCUAUCAGAAACAGUAACACUUCUGAGAGUUUAUAUUGCCAUUUUGAAUCCAUGACAAUCUGUUUAGCAAACAAAUUGAAACAACUUAAUAUUUUCAAGUUUGAAUAAUGCAAAAGAUGGAUUUGAAAUGGACUGUUGGAUGUCAAAGCACAAAUGUGAGAUUUCUUUCACUUGCCAUACGAUAUAGUCAUUAUUACUCAAAGGGAAUAUUUUAGUUAUGUAAACUUAUCUGUAGACUGUAAAAAUGACAAUUCUGUA